AUCCCGAUAAAUGACUUAAAUACAGUUCAUGCUCUCAAAAAGCACCUUAUUCAAUUCCUUGGUCUGAAGGAACUAAAAAUUAAAUACAACCUUAGAGAUUUCGAUAUAAAGCUUUAUCGGAUGGCACCGAAACUGGGAGGGAAAAGUGAUAACUUCGCCAUCACAACAGACGACCAGUGGAAGCUGGAGCUUCCAAGUAUGCUGGAUGACUCAGGAAACGAAAUGAGCAGUAUGUAUUCUUAAGUGCUAGUGUAUUUGUUUCAUGUAGUGGUGUAAAUAUAAGCAUGCACCUUCUGGGUACUGCUACGCUUUCAGAAUACUUUCGCUCUUGUUUUCACAUAAUGCACUAUGUAACAUUUAUUUUUCUUGACAUUAUUUAUGUUAUAAUUACGGUGGCCUGAUGUAUGACUACAUUUUGUACCUUUGAGGCAGCGGUGCGAACCACCGCGUGUGCUUGCUUUACGACACCUUUCCUGGAGGGAUCGUUACACGUCAGAUUUUAGUGGUGUCGGUUGAUCGUAUGUAAAUUCACACAUUAAAACAUGCAGUACAUCAGCUAAAAACAAAACAUUAUAGAAACCAAACACUUCACCCCUUCAAAUGAAAUACUAAGUCACUGAUGAUUGUAUGCCGAGCAAGUCACUGGGCUUAUUUCCUACUAGUCUGUCCACAGACCCUCUAUUUUGUCUAAAGUUCAUCGAGAUCACAAACAAAAUAAAAACCGCCGGGGAUCUGAAAGCGCGUGAAUGUAAGGGGGUGGCCGUGGGGAAAGCAAAUAUAUUCUUUUCUGCGCUCGCUUCGCGGCCAUUGUCGCCCUCAGCGCAUGCUUUUCCACGCUCGCUCUCGCGCGCUUGAGGAAAAUAACCCUUUGCAAAAAAUAACCGUCUGUGGACAGACUAAUUUCCUGCGAUUUUGUUCACACAAAGUAUUAAAUCGUAUUAAUCAAAAUCAAACGAACAAAAGAAGAAAGAACUCAUCCGAUAUUUGUUAGUCUUUCUCACGAUAUACUUCAAAUAUUUUGAAGGUGAAUUUUGAUGAGCUAAGGGUCUAAGGGUUAGAGAGGAAUGUUAUGCUCGGGCAAGCAGGAGACUAACGAUAGAAAGCCGCUUGUAAUGAAUUCAACUCCAAUUUUGAAAAAAAAAGGUUAUUAGUGUAGCAAUUUUAGAAUUAGUGAUACAAUUUACAUUUAAUGUGCAUUUUGAGCUAAAUUUUGGAUAAAAAAGGAAUAACUAAACUACUUAAUUAUUAACAGCCAAUUAACUGACAACUGACAAAUGGCCUUAAAUUUAACUGACAACUGACAAAUGGCCAAAAUUUUAACUGACAACUGCCAUUUGUACCCCCCCAUCCAGACCCUCUAUUUUAGCUUAUGAUUUAAAUUAGAAACUCGGAAAAUUAAUGUUUCUUAUAGCCACUUGUGUAAACUGAACACAUGCAAAAUUUGGUUGCAAAUGCUUUAACCCCAUCAGAGUUAUUAACGGUUAAAAGUUUUUUUUAAAUGGCAGACGCAAAAAGUUCGUCACCAGUCCAUUUUAUCAGUAUUUUAGUCAAAAUGAGGCCAAACUUUAACCUUAAAUAUCUCUUAGGGCUUUUAACGGAAUGGUUUCAAACUCACGGGGUGAAUUGUUACACUCAAGGGCUAUCAUGCCAUAUUCUGGGGGAAGCUUUUUCCAAGGGGACACCUAUAAAUAUUGGGUAAUGGUAGUCCCUUUUUUUAAUAGCUUCAAUUACUUUUCUCGGUAUUAUUCAAUACUUUCAAAAACUUUCAGUGUGUCGAAGUUGGAUGAGGGGGAUGAGGGAGGGUUUCCAGGACGAGGAACCGUUUUUACUUUGCUAAUAAUUUUCCUUUCUUUUCAUGUAGUUUGUCUACCCAUGUGGAUUAUUCUGCUGGCGAAACUUUUACCUCUGAUGAGUUUUUUAAAAUCAAUAUUACAUUUUUCAGUAGGGCAGGUUUUUCAGAAGGACCAGCCUUUUUAAUUUGCUAACAUUUCUUUUCCUCUUUAUGUAGAUUGAUUGUAAAUACAUUUCUUUGUUACCAAAAGUUACUUGCAGUCAUUACUAGUUUGGUAAGUUCUUUUCAAAUCUAUUGUUCACCCGGACAGAAUGCCGGUAGGUUGGCCAGUAUGACGUAGGCUAGUAUGUUGGCUAAUGUAGGAUCCUCUGAGGAGUUAACAGUCAAAGUGGGAAAACCAUGAACACCACAAAUAUUCCUAGGAGUGUUAUUAUAAUACAAGAAACAAGCCACCAGGUGGGAAAAACUGAUUGCAAGCUACAAAAAUUAAUUAGUUUGUGGUUUUGUGGCUUGUCACAUCUUACAAUUUUUGAUGGCAUUGGUCUUAACACAAUACACUUUGCGGAGAAGUGUUCUCGGUUUUGGUGAUUUGACUUUAACAAGCCGGGAAGAUUGUUUUAUUUUAGGGCUUACCUCUGAGGCAAAGGAACUUCCCCGUUUUGGGUAAUAGCCUCCAGGCACCGCAGAACUACGUUUUUGAAGGCGCGAUACAGUAUUUUGCUGGUCAGUGUAAUUGCCUUUUAAAAUUAAAAACACCGGCAACUUUAAACGCGAGCCCGGUGCACAAUAAAAAAACCAAAACUUAGAGCGAAACUGAAAAUUUAGUGCCUGAAAUUCGCCUAUCGUUUCUAUUAUUCAUAUUCCAUAUUUUAUAUUGUGGCAGAGUAAAACUGACUUUGCACAGCAUGUGAAAUUGUCUUGCGUAAGACUAUCCGCGCGACUUGGUUUUUGCAAAAUACAAAUUUUGUUUUGAAGAAACUGCUGUGUUCAAAUGCCAAAACAAGGCAGCUUUCAGAUGGCUGUAAUGGUAUUUUAAGAAAAGCAAACCCUCAAGUAUGUAGAGCUGGUAGUCUGCAGCCUAAAGAAAUGGUUUGUCAGCGCCAUUUUGAUAAAAUUCGAAGAGAGGACGACAGGAGAUGCUCAUGUCCAUCUACUUGGGGACACUCUUCAAAGCUGCACAGCCACGCAAUUCCUCAUUUCUUUCCCACUCUUGACCGAGCUGGUUUUAAUUUUCCUAACUAUCAACCUGGAACACGGCAGUGCACCAAAUGUCGCAGUGAAGCUCCACAAAGAAUACAAAACUGGCCAAAAAGUGACAAAUUGUGA